CUGUUCAAGCUUCUAAAAUGUCAUCUAUUAAGCACCUAGUUUAUGCAGUUAUUCGUUUCUUACGGGAACAAAGUCAGAUGGAUGCUUAUACUUCUGAUGAACAAGAAAGCUUGGAAGUUGCAAUUCAGUGCUUGGAGACAGUUUUUAAGAUCAGCCCAGAAGAUACACAUCUUGCAGUUCCCCAGCCUUUGACAGAAAUGUUCACGAAUUCCUUCUGUAAGAAUGACAUUCUGCCCCUCUCCAACUUAGUGCCUGAAGAUGUGGGAAAAGCUGACCAAUUGAAAGAUGAAGGCAAUAAUCACAUGAAAGAAGAAAAUUAUGCUGCUGCAGUGGAUUGCUAUACCCAGGCACUAGAAUUGGAUCCAAAUAAUGCAGUUUAUUAUUGCAACAGGGCUGCUGCUCAAAGUAAAUUAGGUCACUACACAGAUGCAAUAAAGGAUUGUGAAAAAGCAAUAACAAUUGAUUCAAAGUACAGCAAGGCCUAUGGGAGAAUGGGGCUAGCGCUCACUGCCAUGAAUAAAUUUGAAGAAGCGGUUACAAGUUAUCAAAAGGCAUUGGAUCUUGAUCCUGAAAAUGAUUCCUAUAAGUCAAAUCUAAAAAUAGCAGAACAGAAGUUAAGAGAGGUAUCCAGCCCUACAGGAACUGGAUUGAGCUUUGACAUGGCCAGCUUGAUAAAUAAUCCAGCCUUCAUUAGUAUGGCAGCAAGUUUAAUGCAGAAUCCUCAAGUUCAACAACUAAUGUCAGGAAUGAUGACAAAUGCCAUUGGGGGACCUGCAGCAGGAGUUGGGGGCCUAACUGACCUGUCCAGUCUCAUUCAAGCGGGACAGCAGUUUGCUCAGCAGAUACAGCAACAGAAUCCUGAACUUAUAGAGCAACUGAGAAAUCAAGUCCGGAGCAGAUCAUUCAGCAGCAGCACUGAAGAACAUUCCUGAUUUGAUUGGCAACACUGGCUCAGAAUGCAAAUGACAGAAGGCUCUGAAAUCUUCACUGUAGCUAGUGGCCCAAAACAGCACCAUAUCUGAUAUUUGAAAAUAGUGGAGGAAAAACUCGUGUAUAUUCCUAAAUAAGAAAUCUGUUUAGAAAAUAGGUUUAUCACAGAC